AGAUGGAGCUGCCUGGCCUUGCUUUUGCUGUUGGGGUGUUUAUUUGCUUCUAUGCAUCUGUGGAUGGCUAUCCAAGUGGAAAAAUAAGAGAAGCCUGCACUAGCAUGAUACCCUGUCAUGGUAGCUCUCCACAACUCUCACCUGAGCACACCAUUACAGUGAAUGGGACUGAAUUUAAACCAGGGGACAACAUAGAAGUUCAUCUGUCUGGACCAGAUUUUGAAGGAUUUUUCAUACAAGCCCGGGAUGCAGAACACCUGGAUAGCUCUGCAGUUGGCUCUUUCGUGUUAGUUGACCGGAAACUUUCUCAGCUUCUGACAUGUGGCCGUACCAAGAAUUCAGCUGUUAGUCACACAAGUAAAGCAAAAAAGAAAUACAUAAAAGUUUAUUGGAUUGCUCCUGGAGAUGCACCAAAACGUGUACAGUUUCUAGCCACAGUUGUGAAGAAAUACAAGACUUUCUGGGUGAAGAUUCCUGGUCCUAUUGUUUCUCAGCCUAAUGCACCAUCCCCAACAACAGCCUUGCAUGCAACAUCAGAGGCUGUAUCAACUUCACACCUGGCUUCCUACUUAUUAAAACCAUUUAAUGCAUCAGGUUGUGGAAGUAUGAAGUUCUGCAUUAGGAACCCUUCAAACUGUGAUCCUGAAAGUGCCUCCUGUUUUUUUCUAUCCUUCCAACACGAGAAGAGUUCAGUAUUUAUUGAAAUGAGUGGUCCAAGUGAAGGAUAUUUAGCAUUUGCAUUGUCCCAUGACCAGUGGAUGGGUGGUGAUGAUGCAUAUCUGUGCGUUAGUGAGGACCACCGUGUUCAUGUAAGCACUGCCCAACUGAAGGGGCGAACUCCUCCUGUUUUGGAUUCAGAGAAUGCCCUUGAAGAUGUGUCAUGGAGGCUUGUGGACGGUGUUCUUCAAUGUUCUUUCAGAAGGAGUAUUCAUCUUCCUGCUUAUAAAGGGAGAUUUAAUCUGGAUGCCAGUUACUACAUAUUUCUGGCAGAUGGGGAAGCUAGUGAAGGUGGACUAAUAUACAAACAUUGUCGUCAGCCUCUGAUCACCAAUGGAAUAUACAAUGUCACAGGCCUUCCUCAGGAUAUUGGAGGUUCCCGGUCCCCACGACUUAUCAAGGCUCAUGGAGCGCUAAUGUUUGUUGCUUGGAUUACCACAGUUAGUAUUGGUGUUAUUGUUGCACGAUUCUUCAAACCUGUCUGGUCUCAUUCAUUCCUGUUUGGAAAGGAGAUGUGGUUUCAGGUGCAUCGUGUGCUUAUGUUGACCACAGUCAUGCUUACAAGCAUUUCUUUUGUUUUGCCUUUUAUAUACCGAGGAGGUUGGAGCCAACAAGCAGGUUUUCAUCCCUAUCUCGGCUGUACCAUGAUGGCUGUGACAAUCUUUCAACCACUUAUGGCAGGUUUCAGACCAUCUCGUCAUGCACCAAGGAGGCCAUUGUUUAACUGGUUUCACUGGAGUACUGGUACAACAGCUAGAAUACUAGCUGUGGUGACUAUGUUCUUGGGAAUGGAUCUACCAGCACUUGACCUACCAGACCCAUGGGACACCUAUACGAUGAUUGGUUUUGUAGCUUGGCAUGUCGGUAUUGAUGUUCUUCUGGAAAUACACAGCUACUGUCUCAUACGUAAAGUUGAAGUGAUAGAGGAUGACAGAGUACAGAUACUGCAGUCGCUCACAUCUGCAGAAGCAGAGGGUCGUCUGUUUAAACAGAUUGUGUUAACUAUCUACACCUGUGGAAAUAUAGUAUUCCUCAUUGCCUUCCUGGCAGCAAUCAACCAAAUAUGA